CAUCAACCCAAACAAACAAACAAACAGAACAGCAAGCAAGCAAGCAACGUUGUUUGUGUGUGACUCAGCCGCUUCCUAUCUCUGCUGCUCUUGCUUGCUUGCUUGCUCGGUUGUCGUCGAAACCGCAUUCUUCUGCGCCGCUCGCCCGCUUUGCUCUUUGACCUCGCUCGCCGCUGCUGCUGCUGAGACCACCACCACCCUUCUUUCUCCCCAGGCGACCCGCUCUUCCACACCGCCGCCAUGUUCCGCUCAUCGACGCAUGACAUCAACUGCGGCUUCUUCAACCAAGACGCCAGUCGGUUGGCUGUCGGCACGAUGGACGGGUACAUGAUCAUGAAGAUCUCUCCGGACAUCAAGAUGAUCACGUCCUCGCACGAGGAGAGCACGAGCCUGAUUCACCUGUACUACAACACGGGCCUGAUUGCGCACGUUGGCGGAGGCUCUGAGGCCUUCUCGUCGCAACGGUGCAUGAAGAUCACAAACGUGCGGACGCGCAAGGAGAUUAUCCGCAUGUCGUACAGCAAGAAGAUCUUGGCCGUGCGCAUCAAUCGGCGGUUCCUCGUUCUCGCCUCGGACGAGAGCAUCCGCAUCUACGACAUGGGCACCAUGAAGCUCAAGCACACCAUCUCAUCUCCGCCCGCCAACCCAAAUGGUGUCCUUGCCUUGGCCACGUGUCACGUGCUCAAGGAAGAAGACAAGGGCUGCCGCCACCUUCUCUGCUACCCGAAAUCCAAUGAGAAGGGCGAUCUUUUCGUCUACGACGUCGAGAACCAGCGUCUGCUGUACAAUCUGGAGGCACACACGUCGCCCGUGGCGUGUGUCGCCUUCAACAACAGGGGAUCCCUCCUCGCCACCGCCAGCGAGAAGGGCACCAAGUUCCGUGUGUUUGCCACAGCAACACGUGCAAAGCUGUAUGAGCUUCGUCGCGGCUACGCCACCCGCGCCCGCGUCCUCUCCAUGAACUUUUGCCCGGAGUCCAAGUACCUGUGCGUGUCGAGCGAGAAGGCGACGGUGCACGUGUUCAAGACGGACCACCACGACCAAGAGGCGGUCGCCCCACCCGAAGCGCCCGAGGAGAGCGACUCGUGGUCCUCCUACUUCACAUCGGGCCUGUCCUCCGCCGUGUCCUACUUUGCCCCGAGUCUGCCCGAGAUGUGGACGGAGGAGCGAAGCUUUGCCAUGGCCACGCUCGACGAAGCGUGCGAGAACACUAGCGCCCUCGUGUACGAAGACAGGCGCCUCGUCCUCAUCGUCUUCACCUCAACAGGCGACCUCUACAAGUUCUGGGUACACGAGGACGGCACUGUGACGCCGAAGCAGCGCGUGUCUGUGCUGAGCAUCGAGCGGGAGUACGCGCAGGGGGUGCACACCGCGUCCACGUCCCAGGACGGCGAGGAAAGCGAUGACAUGGCGCACGCAACAGCAGGCAUGCGGCAGCUGCUGGCAGGGGAGGGCGACGAAGAGUCGGCACCGCCACCGCAGCACCAGCAGCAGCACCAGCAGCAGGCGCGUGGCGAUGAGGCGCAGGCGAGCGCACGCAAGGAGCUGGCCAGUGAUGAACAGGACCACCAGUGAUGGAUGGAUGGACGGGUGGAUAUGGGUCAGCCACCGUGCGAGUGGAAUGCGCUGCGCCCCACCUUUGCGUGCGCGUGCCGAAACAUGUCUUUCUCUCCCUCUUUUCUGUUUGUGCGUAUUUCCUUGUUUGUGUGCAUUUCCUUGCCUGCCUACUGUCGUUGGACUGCCUCUUUGUGUGUGUGUGUGUGUGUGUGUGUGUGUGUGUGUGUGUGUGUGUGUGUGUGUGUGUGUGUGUGUGUGUGUGUGUGUGUGUGUGUUGCGUCUGCUUGGUGCUGGUCUUACACGCUGCUCUGGAUCGAUGUUAUGUGCCCAAUACGUGCGUGCAUGUGUUCGCUUGAGCGGGUUUGCUUGAGUGGUUUUACUGCUGUAAAUUGAACGCAAAAA